AUGCUGAGGUACGGAUCAGUUGCGGUCGCUCUUGUUCAACGUCAAGUCAUGGUUGUCCAAGCUGCUCAUACGUAUGACCAUGGAGACGGAUUUCUCGAAGUGUAUACUUUCGCGCCCUUUCACGACCGCGUUUUUACUGCCACUGCUGCGCCUUGUGCGCGCAUCGCCCCUGGCGACCUCCUUACAAUCUUCCCGGACACAGACGUCUUCAGCAUGCCCGCGCGAGACACUCUUGAGUUGCCGCCCCAGGCCUUUGGAGAAUACCACGAGCUGCGCACGCGCCAUGUAAGGAAAUCUGAGAGGCUCUGGGCGGCAUGUAAGGCCAAGCUGCGGUGA